AAACUUUUCGAAACAAGUUUCAGGGCUCCCGGAUCAUGCAUAAUUCAUGAGGCGUUGCUGACACAGACUCCGCAAAAAGUUGAGUUUACAAACUUCCAGCCGGAGUGCCAGAGGUGUCACCGCGUCCGCGAGACGGACCGGCGCAGAGUUAGAAGGCGACGGAGCAACAUUUUCUACUGCAGAUCACAGAUGUUAAGGCUGCAAGAAGUUUAAUUCUUAUAUUAGAUCAUUCGCAUGAUUUUUCGUGUGAAAAGGCGUUAUAAAGCUAGCUAGCUAACUUUUUUGGGGGAAAAAACAUUCCCACACACUGGGAAGUUCGAGUUUUCUUGCGCUCAGCUGCAUGAGACUAAUUGUUUUAGUAUUUACUUUUUAACGUUUUACUAAGAAAAUGAAUAACAACCAGCUGCAGCCUUUGCCUGGACAGCAAGUUGUCCAUGUCGCACAGGACCUUGACACGGACCUUGAGGCGCUCUUCAAUUCGGUGAUGAACCCGAAGCCGAGCUCUUGGAGGAAGAAGAUGCUUCCCGAGUCCUUCUUCAAGGAGCCCGACCUGGGCUCGCACUCGCGCCAGUCGAGCACCGACUCGGGCAGCCACACGCCUCGGCUCGCGGUGCAGCACGCGCGCUCGCAUUCCUCGCCCGCCUCACUGCAGCUCGGGGCUGCGGUCAGCGCGAGUCCGGCUCCGGCUCACCACGCGCAUCUGCGCCAGCAGUCCUUCGACGUCGCCGACGAGCUGCCGCUGCCGCCGGGAUGGGAGAUGGCCUUCACCUCCACUGGCCAGAGAUACUUCCUCAACCAUGUAGAUAAAAUCACCACAUGGCAGGACCCCCGUAAGACCAUGACGGCUGCCAUGCACCAGAUGAGCCUCCAUGGCCAGGCCCCUGCAAACCCCAACCCUGGAGUGGCCCAGCAACGCUCCAUGGCCCUAUCGCAACCCAACCUUGUGAUGUCCCACCAUCACCAGCAGCAGCAGCAACACCAGCCACACCAGCAUCAACAUCAGCACCAGCAUCAGCACCAGCACCAGCAAGCUCAAGCCCAGACCUUGGCCUCCAGCAGCCCAGUUUCCCCACAGAGCAUCCAGCAACAGAAUGCCCAGGUUGGCCUCAUGAGUCUCCCUAACCCUCUGACCACCCAGCAGCAGCACCAGCAGAAGAUGAGGCUGCAGCGGAUCCAGUUGGAGCGCAAGCGCAUACGGAUGAGACAGGAAGAGCUCAUGAGACAGGAGGUGGCACUGUGCAGGCAAAUCCCCAUGGAGUCGGACAACAUGGCCCAGACAGCAGCCACCAUCAACCCAGCACCUAUCAACCAGGCUGCCGUGCACAACAAUGGCUCUGACCCAUUCCUUAACAGUGGGCCCUAUCACUCCCGGGAGCAGAGCACGGACAGCGGACUAGGCCUCGGUUGUUAUAGCGUCCCCACCACUCCAGAGGACUUCCUCAACAACUUGGAAGAAAUGGACACAGGAGAGACUCUGGCCCAGGGCAACAUGGGGGUGCCACAGCAGACCCGAUUCCCCGACUUCCUGGACUCGCUCCCCGGCACAAACGUGGACCUGGGCACGCUGGAGGGGGCCGAUCUCAUCCCCAUUCUCAACGAUGUGGAGUCGGUGCUGAACAAGAAUGAGCCCUUCCUCACUUGGCUGUAGGGGGGUGGUAGCGGGGGCAUGGGGACUGGAGCAGGGAGUCGGGCAGCAAAAAAACUCUAUAUGUAUGUGUAUAUACACAUAUAUAUAUAUAUGACUUCCCAUUUGGCUUUCUUUAUUCUUAAUUUAGCCAUGGCUUGUUCUUGUCAGGAUGCCUCAUUGUCACAGACAAACCCUUUUGUGUUUGAAUGGAACAACUAACCUUUCUCAAUCCGGUCCUUGGGGGCCACCAGAUGGUCCACGUUUUUGCUCCCUCCCGACUCUGUACCAGACAGUCAAGGUAUGCCUUUUUUUGGGAGGCAGCAAAGACGUGCACUGUCCCGGUUUUUCCAGGACCGGAUUGAGGAACACUGAACUAACCAAAGGUAACAAAACCAGCCAAAAAAAAAACAAAAAAACGUAUGUAAAGAUGAAAACGUAGUGAAUCAGUGCGAAUGCUGGUAGCACAAAGCUUUUUGCACACGCAGGAAAGCACCUUCUCGCCUGCUUUAGCACCAGCACUCCGCUUUUCUGAGGGAUAUGACCAGCCUGGGCAUCUGUGGGUCUGUCCGUGUACCGGGCAACCGCAGAAUGGAGGUGUGGAUUUCCGUUGGCCACUAGGUGGAGCCAGCGCUUCUGUCAGCAGCAUCAAUCAGAAUGAGCGAGGGUUUUGCUGCUGGUGCCGGAGUCAUUCGGCUUCCACUGGGGCAGCUGUGUGCCUCACGAGGGCUGACGCUCGCUGUGGACUCUUACCCAUAACCUCCUGGAGCUUCAGCCGCGACCCUUUCAGCAGCUCCCAAAUUUUUCCGCGAAGGUAACUUUAGUGGCAUCUUUUUCAGUUAUGCCAAAUAAUUAUGAUCUUUUUGUGCACAGAUUCAAAAAUGAACGCCUUUGGAGUCAACUGUAAGCUUGCAGUUAACAUUUACACUUUUGGCAAGUAUUUUAUUAGUUUUAUCGGUUUAUAAACACACACAGAUACCUGCCUGACUGUUUCAUCGCUGCAGUUGUUGCCUCCAUUGUGCAGGAUAACAAACAUUUAUCUUGUGUUGUGUUUUAUGUAACACCACAGUAUUCAUUUUUAUAUACUGUACAAUUGUUCCAAUUGAUUCAAUCUGAUUAGUAGCCUUUUUUAAAUUUUAAUAUGCAUUUAAGUAUUUAUCAAGCUAUGAUUGUUUUUUUUUCUAACAUAGAAUUUUAAUACAUUUGAAUUUCAAAGCACUACAAACCAGCAACCUUUUGAAAUAUUUUUAUUCCAAUAUUCAUGUUGAGCUUGUGGUAGUGAUUUAAAAAUGGAAUGUUCCCCUAAUUCACUUUAUUUUCCAAACAUGUAUCGUGUGUUUUUUUUUUUUUUUUUUUUUUUAUAACAGCAAAUCACACCUCAAUCUUUUGUUGUCUGUUUGGGAAAUAGCAACCAAAAGUGGGCACCUCUAUUAAAUCUUUCUUGCAGGGAAUAUGGAAAAAAAAUGUAUUUUGUAUCAUGCAUAAAUGAAAAAUAUGCAUAAAUGUAAAAGUAGUCUUUUGGAGUUUCAAGAUGGAAAGUUCCUAACUUGUGGGUUCAGAGUUGGUCGGAGUCGGUCGUGUACUUCUGUUGUUUUUUACUGCAUGAUAACUACGUACUUGCUAUUCCUAGUUAUGGGUCUAGUCUAUUUGUUUAUCAAGACGAUACUGUGUUAGUUUUCUUUAGAAUGGAAGGAGUAAGAAGGCAGUCUUGUGAAAGGAAUGAACGGUAGCUAUAGAGAAGAGCGAUUAUACGUAUGUAUGUAUGUAGGUUAUGUGUAUCUUUGGUUAUUGGUUGACUUAAUGCUCAUGAUGUCCUAACGCCACACUAAAUGGGAGCUGAAGAAGGAUGUAGAGGCCCCACUGUAAAGCUAUGUUCUGCGCAAAACAAAAGUAAAUGCCAUCCUGAGCAGCUCUGAUCCCAGGUCAGCGCUAGACUUGCCCUGAAAGGGCUAGGGCCAGACGAUUUGGCCGUCGAUCUGAUCCCAGAUCAGUGACCUUGGGAAAUGAAGGGAGGCAAUGUACAUCUAAGGUGCAAGAGGGGCUUUGCCUAAAUGCCUUUCCCAUUGCCAGCAAUUAUUACUCUACUAAUGAACUGUGGAGAAACGUAGUGAAGGGACUUUAGCAGCAAAUGAAAUGCAAUGAGGUGUGAAAUAUAAAUCUAUUUGGGACUGAAACGCUUCUAAAAAUGAGCAAUUAUUAAAUAUUUCCAAAACAAAGUACUCAUAAAUUAAGAAGGCACUUUGGAGAUGUAAGGUGAGGUGAUCCACGUCAGCAUCUAGUGGUGAGCAACUUGGUUUGGAUGUAACUGUAGAGUAAGCGGAAUGGGCUAUGGGGUUACUCUGCAUGGAAGGAGUACAGUGCCAGGAAGCGGCUUUGGGUACGUGAAUGUUGAUGAUAUGCUGGUGAUUCACACGUUAACAGGGACUGGAAAUCUGGAAGCCAAGUGGAGUUCACUUAAAAGAAUGUAACCUCACAGAGUCCUAAAUGGAUUUUUAAGCUCAUGUAACUUCUGUUAAACCUUAAUAAAACUCUUUCAGUGCCA